UUGCGACACGUGGGUUGACUUCUUCUGUUUUGCUUUUGUCAUUGAUGGGGGUAGUUAAAUAUGUUUAAUAAAUAACCAAUCUUGCUUUUACCCGAAUAGGACAAGGUGCAGCACCGGCUUAGUAACGUUACUUGAAUUUAGUCAAAGAUAAAUGGCCGAGUGAGAUAGACUACCAGUAAGUGACCAUGGACAAAACGGAUAUUCUAACAACUUUAAUGGAUGUUGGUCGGGGUCCACUUAUUGUAGAUGGUGGACUAGCAACAGAGCUGGAAUCAACAGGUUGUAAAUUACAGGGAGAUCCUUUGUGGAGUGCAAGGCUGCUACAUACUAACCCACAGGCUAUUAAAGAUGCUCAUUACAGGUUUCUGUGUGCUGGUGCUGAUGUGAUAACCACAGCCACGUACCAGGCUAGUGUUGAGGGCUUCAUCAGGCACCUGGACGUCACCCCUGAACAGGCCAACCAACUCAUCAUGUCAGGAGUGACUCUGGCCAGAGAGACUGUCAAACACUUUAUGGCUGACCAGCCUCCAUCAGAUCGCAGGGUGCCUCUGGUGGCAGGCUCUGUUGGACCUUACGGGGCCUUUUUGCACAACGGCUCGGAGUACACUGGCGCUUACGCUGCGGAGAUGAGUGUUGAGGAACUGAAAGCCUGGCACCGCCCCCAGGUCCACUGUCUAGUUACAGCAGGGGCCGAUCUCAUUGCCAUGGAAACCAUCCCAAGCAUGAAGGAGGCAGAAGCUCUGGUGGAGCUGCUCAGAGAGUUUCCAGAUUCUAAAGCAUGGUUGGCCUUCUCCUGUAAGGAUGGCCAGUGUAUAUCUGACAGCAGUCGUUUCUCUGAGGCGGUCCAGCUGGCCAGUAGGUCUAGUCAGCUGGUGGCUGUAGGGGUGAAUUGCUGUCCUCCAGCCCUGGUCAAGCCCCUCCUAGACUCAGCCAGGACACAGAGGAGACCAGGCCUCGGCUGGGUGGUUUACCCCAACAGUGGAGAGGAGUGGGAUACACACACUGGGUGGAGAAAACCAGAGAACAGAAUAUCUUCAAUAGCUGAAUUGAGUCUGGAGUGGAUGAAACAAGGGUGUGCACUUAUAGGAGGGUGCUGCCGCAUCAGUCCUGCUCACAUAGCGGAGCUACGAAGACAGAUACAUGGAGACAUGUCUGGGUCUGAUGCUUCACAGCGGGGACAGGGACGACCUUAAGACAGAUACAUGGAGACAUGUCAGGGUCUGAUGCUUCACAGCGGGGACAGGGGAUGAGCUCUUAUUACUGCUACACUAUGUGAUCCCACAGUCAGAUUAUGCAAUUAAUAACUAUUUUAAAAUGAUACUUUUGAUAUGAGUUUAUAUAAAUGAUGUAUUAACCCUCAUACUACCAACAUAUGUUAUAUAAAGAGCAUUUGGAUAGUAUUUACAUCCCUCAACGGUUUGUUAGCAUUACAGCUUUAUUCUAAAAUUGAUUUUUUUUUAAAUAAUAAUAGUUUGACUUUUUCCACAUUUUGUUGUGUUACCACCUGAAUUUAAAAUAAGAUGGUAUUGUCAUUCUUUGUUACUGUCUUACACAUAAUAUCAAAGUGGAAUUGUGUAUUUUCACAUGUUUAAAAACGUUUAAUUUUUUAUAACCUGAAAUGUCUUGAGUCAAUAAGUAUUCAACCCCUUUUGUUAUGUCAAGCCUAAGUCUGUUGAGUAGUAACAAUGUGCUUAACGAGUAGCAUAAUAAGUUGCAUGGACUCACUUUGUGUUCAAUAAUGGUGUUUAUCAUGAUUUUGAUUAACUACCUCCUCUCUACCGCACACAUACAAUUAUCUGUAAGGUCCCUGAGUCGAGCAGUGAUUCAGCCAUAAAGACCAAUGAGGUUUUCCAAUGCCUCACAAAGAAGGGCACCUAUUGGUAGAUGGGUAAAAAAAAGACACAGACAUU